AAUUAAAUUAAAAAACAAAAAAAGUAAACAUAAUAAAAAAUUAACUCACAAAAAACAAAACAAUCUUUAAAAAAUAAAAUGAAUUCCAACUAAGCCACCUUCAAGAAACCUGAAAUCGUCUUUUAAUUUUAUGAGUCUGAAAUGGAAGAAGACUAAUAAAUCGAAGAUUAAAUUGAAGACUUCUAAACUAAAAUUCUUGGUAUGAGAGUUAAGACUACUAGAAAUAUUACCCUCAACUUUAAAAGAUAAAACUCUAAUGAAAAAAUAAAUUCUUUCCACAGUUUGGAAUCUUCUCAAGAAUAAAAUUAUUGA